ACGGAAUUGUCUGCUGGGACUUCUGGAGACCGGGUGAGAGCUGGAGCCGUGGCACUGAGGGCUGAGAGCUGCGAACGCCCACGCCGAAGCUGACGGCCUAUAGUGAAGCUCUAACAUUUCUACAGACCCAAUUCUGAGAUUCCAGCCAUCCCGUGUCUCACUGAAUUCAUCUGCCCAAUGGCCAUCCCCAAGUGCCCUCUGAGCCCAGUACUCUGGGAACAGGACAGCUUCCUUCAGGUGAAGGUGAAAGAGGAGGAAGAAGCUAACCUCUGCCAGAGCCAGGGAUGCAGCCCUAGCCCUACUGCCCAUCCUGAGGCUGCACGCCUGCGCUUCCGGCACUUCCGUUACGAGGAGGCAUCCAGCCCCCAUCAGGCGCUGGCACAACUGCGAGAGCUAUGUUGCCAGUGGCUGAGGCCAGAGUCGUCCUCCAAAGAGCAGAUGCUGGAGUUGCUGGUGCUGGAGCAGUUCCUGGGUGCACUGCCCCCUGAGAUCCAGGCCUGGGUCGGGGCUCAGUGCCCAAAGAGUGGAAAGGAGGCUGCCAUUCUGGUGGAGGAUCUGACUCAGUUGCUGGACAAGAGAGGGUGGGAACCAGGAGCGCAACACGAAGAGGCAAGUUGUAAACAGAGCAGCACAGACGAGUUACACCCACCAGACAUGGCCACUGGAACAGCCGCAGGAGUCCUUUCCCCAAAACCCACCUUUGCCCACACUUGGAAACCUGAGAGCAGCUCUGCGAGCCAGCCAGAGCUCCUAGGAGCACUCUGGAUGAAGCCUGCUGCCCAAGAGAUGGAUUUCAGAAAAGACCUGGGGUCUCACAUGGGUGCCCCCAAAGACCAGCCUGGCUAUGGGUCUGACGUCUCAGGAAAGAGUUCCAACACAUGGCCCAGCUUCCCUUCCCAAGACAAGGCUUCUUCAGAGGAGAAACUUGGCCCAUUAUAUGACUAUGGAACAGUGCCUCCAGAUACACACUCAGGAAAGAAGCCCUCCACAUACGGUGAAUGUGUGAGAACAUUCCAGAAUACAUCAGCCCUGGAGGCCCACCAGAAGAGCCACUCUCAGAAGAUGCCCUAUGCCUGUGUCGAGUGUGGGAAGGCUUUCGGUCGGAGCACCCACCUUGCCCAACACCAGGUUGUCCACACAGGAGCAAAGCCCCAUACGUGUAAAGAGUGUGGGAAAGCCUUCAGGCGAGUCACCCACCUGACGCAGCACCAGAGGGUUCACACUGGGGAGAAGCCCUAUAAGUGUGAGGAGUGCGGCAAAACCUUCAGCCGCAGCACCCACCUCACCCAGCAUCAGCGGGUGCACACCGGGGAGCGGCCUUAUGAGUGUGACCUGUGCGGCAAGGCCUUCAGCCAGAGCACCCACCUGACACAGCACCAGCGCAUCCACACCGGGGAGAAGCCCUACAGAUGUGACGUGUGUGGGAGAGCCUUCAGUGACUGCUCUGCUCUGGUCCGGCACCUGAGAAUCCACUCUGGAGAGAAGCCCUAUCGCUGUAAGGACUGCCCAAAGGCCUUCGCACAGAGCUCCUCCCUCAUUGAGCACCAGCGCACGCACACGGGAGAGAAGCCCUACAAGUGCAGUGACUGUGGGAAGGCCUUCAGCCGCAGCUCAGCUCUCAUGGUCCACCUAAAGAUCCAUGUCACUGUGCUCCAGUGACUGGAAGCACCACAGCACAGCCUCCCUCAGAGAAACCCUGAAUUCCACAGGAGCCAGGAACCCCACUGGUGGAUAACUGUGUUACCCAGUCGGGAACACCUCUACAUUUGAGGUCCCAGGUGAAGUCCCCUAAUGAACAUAGAGAUUCAGACCAAUCGGUGAAACUUCCAGUAGCUUCCUACUGCCUUUUCUCUCCUACUCAGGCUGGUCCCAGAGAAAAGAUACCUGAGCUAAAGAUGUGCAUUGGUUCUUGGAACCAGAGCAAAUAGAGCUGAGUGUCUAUGUGGCUCAGUGACCUCUAGCUGAUCCUCUAGGUAGGAAGGCCCGAGCUUCACAUUCUCACACGGCUACUGUUCUUGUUAGUUCCUUUGCUGUCCAGCCUAGAAAGGAUGCCUGCCAGGCUCACUCGGUGCCUUCCUCCCUGCUUCCCCACCACAUUAGUGUAUACUAACGCCAAGACACUUAUGAGGCCGCCUCUCCGGUGAAGCCUCCUCCAUGCCGUCCCACUCUUGAUCUCCCUGGCUUCAUCGCCCAUGGUACUUGACACUUGCCCAGUAUCGUCUCUACUCCCCCUUCCCCCCAGUCUCCCUUCCAGACUCCAGCCCUGUGGAUUCACCUCGGGCUCAUCUCUAAUCUAGCCCCUCCUCCCGCAUCACCUUCCGUGAGCUCUCGUGGUCUCCCACUGGAUUUUGAUCAGGGCUCUUCUUUCUCACUCCUUCCGGCCUUAAUCCCAUCCCCACCCGCUUCCUGCUGCCCGGCCAUACUGUGUCACUCCAGGAUAGGAAGUUGCCCGGUGAGUCACCUUUUCAGCAAACUUUGGUGAAUGAGGCACAAGUAUGCCAGGAUACAUGUCACUUCGGCCCAAGCAAUUGUUCUAGUUAUCCUCAACUGUGUAUGUGAAUGCUUGUCUUGGUUGCACAGUGAUGUAAAAGUGGUUUCAAAGUACUGGUCUGCCUGUUGGGCAAACUCCACUCCUUGCCUGUUAUCUGUUUACUGCAGACCUGGCCUCCUCUUGCACCUCACCUCCCACAUGCCUGCCAACUUUCUCCCACCUGUGUGCCUUUCUGCCUAUCCCUGGAGCCCUGAAGCCCUCUGUCCUCUGAUACCGCAGAUGUCCUUGGGGAGCUUCCCCAGCCAUUCUGACCUGACCCUCCCUUGCUGCUGUGGGGCCCCAUUCACCGCUGUCUUAAACCUCUCACCACGUCACUGUACUUGUGCUUCUUACAGAAUGCACGGGCCAGCGCUCCCAAGGCCACAAAAUAGUUCAUGCUGUGGACAGGGCACAGGAUGCACAGACCCUUCCCAGGGUCUCCCUUGGGUAGCUACUGUCCUCCACCCAGAGCCCCUGUGCGUACAUAAGCCUGGCUACAGUAGUCAGAACAAAACAUGGCUGUACCAAGUCUUCCUCAAUCCCUGUGUGCCGUAGACAUAGGGGGUGCCAGCACUCUGCCAAUCCUAAAAUCAUAACCUGUUUACUCUGCCUGACUUCCUUUCCCUCAGAAAGAGGAUCCCCUGGCUCUCGUGCCUCUUGACAAACACGUGUGACUUCACAAGGUCCUCAGUCAUGGAUCUACAUGAGCUACUGUAUCUAGACCUAUUAGCAUAAUACACUUUGUUUUCCUGAGUCUCCCAUGUCUCCUCUUGUGGCCUCACCUGACUGACUAUCACACACAAGAACAUAGACCACCAGGAGAGGAGUUGCAAA